AUGGCGGAUAUCGAGCCGUUGUUGCAGAACACCAGCACCAGCGAGAUACAAACCGCAGACCAUGAAGAACAAGCCGGUGAAAGUACCUCUACUAAGAGCAAAACUGCACGCUUGGCUUCGCUGGAUGUGUUUCGAGGCCUCUGCGUUUUCCUUAUGAUGCUUGUAGAUUACGCUGGCUCUAUUUUCCCAAUCAUUGCUCAUGUCCCGUGGAAUGGCGUACAUUUGGCAGAUUUUGUGAUGCCUUUCUUCCUUUUUGUUGCUGGAGUUUCUGUGGCGAUAGUUUACAAGAAAGUUUCUAAUAGAGUUGACGCCACGUGGAAGGCAGUGCUUAGAGCAUUGGAACUUUUCCUCCUUGGUGUUUUUUUACAGGGUGGAUAUUUCCAUGGUAUUAAUUCUUUGGCCUAUGGAGUGGACAUUGAAAGAAUACGAUUGCUAGGCAUUCUACAGAGAAUAGCCAUUGGAUACGUUGUAGCAGCUUUGUGCGAAAUAUGGCUUUCAUGUCAAAGGUGGAGGCAAGAUGGUUUCCCUGGAAGUUAUACUUUGCACUGGUGUGCUGUUUUGUCACUGUGCGCUAUCUAUCUGGGGUUAUUAUAUGGCUUGUAUGUUCCCGAUUGGCAAUUCGGAGUGGUGCAGUCUCCUUCCCUGGUUACUGCAAAUAACAGCCAUGUCUACACUGUGAAGUGUUCUGUAAGAGGUGAUCUCGGGCCUGCAUGUAAUUCAGCUGGAAUGAUAGAUCGUAAUGUUCUUGGAAUUGAUCAUCUUUAUGCCAAACCCGUGUACAGAAAUUUGAAGGAAUGCAAUAUAUCAAGCCAUGGCCAAGUUCCACAGACUGCACCUUCAUGGUGUCAUGCACCUUUUGAUCCUGAAGGUAUUUUAAGUUCACUAACUGCUGCUGUGAGCUGCAUCAUCGGACUUCAAUACGGCCACAUUCUUGUACAGUUGCAGGAUCAUAAAGAGCGGCUGUUCAAGUGGUCCAUUUUCUCCUUUGCAUUUCUGGGUCUUGGUCUCUUCCUCGCUUUCAUGGGUAUACCUUUAAACAAAUCUUUGUACACAAUCAGCUAUUUGUUGGUCACCUCAGCAUGUUCUGGAAUCACUUUUUGCAUACUGUAUACAUUGGUAGAUGUUUAUGGUUGGAGAUGGUUGACAUGUGUGUUAGAGUGGAUGGGAAAGCAUUCUCUAAGUAUCUUUAUUCUCGUAUCUUCCAACAUAAUUGUGAUUACAGUUCAAGGUUUCUACUUGAAGUCUCCUGAAAAUAACAUUGUUCACUGGAUCGUAUCUGUAUUUGUGCAUAAAUGA